CCGCGCAGCCUCCCUGCAUCCUAGCGCGAGCAUCACUGCGCACCGAGCCGAGCACCGACAGAGACACCGACGGCUCAGUCAGCGGACAUAUGAGGUCUUUAUUCCCCGGGACCAGCGGCUUGUUUUCGGUGUAUUUCUCUCCCCGUCGCCUCUCUAUGGAUGUGAAGUAAGGGCGGGGCCGGUAUUCAGUCGGUGUCCUCUCCAUCUCUCUGCUCUUCUUCCCGCUCCGUCAGGACCGUACCCUGCCACAAACCCACAAAAUGGCGGACAUCGUCGAGCUGGGACCCGCCUACGCCAUGUCUCCGGUCCUGGCGGGCUUCCUGGGAGCUGGUGUUCUGGUUUUGGUCGUGGUUGUUCUGGUUCUGCUCUGGUCUUUCUGUCAGCGCCGUUACCUGCGCGUCUCUGGACGCUACAAACUGCAUGGCGACCGUUACUGCGAUGCCGAAGACCCCCCCUACAAGUUCAUCCACAUGUUGAAGGGCAUCAGCAUUUACCCAGAAUCCCUCAGCAGCAGCAAGAGGAUUGUACGAGGCAUCCGGCGCGUGGACCGCUCUGACCGUGACGGAGAGCGAAGCUGUCCCACCAGUGCCGGCACUGGGAGGGGCAUGGUGCUGGUGGAUGCAGAGAACAACAUCCUUGACGUCCCAGGGCAGCUGCAGAUGAGUCACCUAGUGCCGCCCGCCCACGGCCAGGCCCGAGUGGAGCGGGCGCUGCCGGUCCGUGCCGACUACUGCUGCCUGGACAGCAGCUCGGCCAGCAGCAGCCAGACCAGCAGCAAGACAGCCUCCCCCUUCACACCCGCCUCCUCGGAUCCUGAGCCCGAGCCCAGCCUGGGCACAAUCAGCCUCACCGUCGACUACAACUUCCCCAAGAAGGCCCUCGUGGUGACCAUCGUCGGGGCCCGGGGCCUCCCCGCCAUGGAUGAGCAGGCGGGCAGCUCAGACCCCUACGUGAAGAUGACCAUCCUGCCAGAGAAGAAGCACCGCGUCAAGACCCGCGUGCUGAGGAAGACCCUGGACCCGCUGUUCGACGAGACCUUCACGUUCUAUGGCGUGGCCUACAGCUCACUGCCUGAGCUCACGCUGCACUUCCUGGUCCUCAGCUUCGACCGCUUUGCCCGUGAUGAUGUCAUCGGGGAGGCCGUGGUGCCGCUGAAGGGCGUGGACCCGAGCACGGGCCGAGUCCACCUGAGCCAGCAGAUCACCAAGAGGAACAUGCAGUGUGAGAGUCGUGGAGAGCUGCUGGCGUCUCUGUCCUACCAGCCGGUGUCUCAUCGUCUCAGCGUGGUCGUCCUGAAGGCUCGACACCUCCCCAAGAUGGACAUCACCGGCCUGUCAGCAAAUCCGUACGUGAAGGUGAACAUCUUCUACGGACGUAAGCGCAUCGCCAAGAAGAAGACCCACGUGAAGAAGUGCACCCUGAACCCGGUCUUCAACGAGUCCUUCAUCUACGACAUCCCACCCGAGCUCCUGCCCGAGAUCUCCGUGGAGUUCCUGGUGGUCGACUUCGACCGGACCACCAAGAACGAGGUGCUGGGCCGCCUGCUGCUCGGCCUCCACAGCCCCGCCCCCUCCGGAGCCUCCCACUGGAGGGAGGUCUGCGAAAACCCCCGCCGGCAGAUCUCCAAAUGGCACAACCUGAGCGAGUACUGAGGGAGGACCGCCAGAAACCAGCUGACUCCACCCACCGGCUGGGACUCCACCAGUGGACCCCACUGGGAAAUAAAAACUCAGUGUACAGCACACACACACACACACACACAUAUAUAUACAACACAUACAACACACCCACACACACACACACACACGCACAACACACACACACUGUUGUGAUCAUAGUUAAACACUCUCUCUGUCUCUACUCUUUCUCUUUCUUCCACCACGACAUUCGCAGUCUGAUAAAAAUCCUGCAGUUCUUUAAAGAAAAGAAGAUGAGCUGUUUUUAAAAGAGAAACCAUGAGUCCAUUUCUCAGACUGUCCUCAUGUCUCCUGGCUGUCCAUGUGUGUAGACGGGGGGAAGGAAUGCUCACAUAUCAUUUAAAAAAUAAGAAAAAAAGAUUCCCCUCUUGCUGUUGUUGUCAUGCAGUUCAUCGCAUGUCUGUCCCAAGAAAAAAAAACAAAGCAAAUGAAGAGCUGCUGACUGAUCGACAGGAAGACGGUUUAAAUAUUCACUAACACUGCAUUUAACUAAUAUAUCCAAUAUAAAUACUCCUCAUUAGGACCAAAUAAGAAACUGCUACAAAGCUCCCACGUCUCGCUCCUGAUACUCGACCACAUGAUCCAAUAUUUGACAUGUUUCUGGGGGUUAACGGAGGUUUUAGUCGGCAGCAUGCUCCCUGCCUCUCAACGAUCAUCUUCACUCAUCGGUCCCGCAGACUGAUCCCCGAUCCUGGAGGAGGCGGAGUCUCUGUCAUCGCCCUCAUCUUAAUGUGGAUUUACAAACUGUGGUUAACAUCAGACGCUGAUGAAUCAAGCAGACUGAGAGACGAUGUAAAAUACGUGUUUGUAACAUGAAUGAUAUUUAAUUUACAAAAUCCUCGAGAUGCUCUGAUGGAAGCAGGAAGCAGCUGUGGCGGCUGAUUGAAACCUGUCGUCAUGACUUCAUUAUGUCGUCGUUAUCUGGACUGUGUCACAGAAAUCACUGAGUUUGUUAUCUGGAGAUAAUGAGACAGAAACAUUUUGAUAUGAGUCAAUACUUUCUCAUCACAAUUAAGUAUAUAGACGACGACGUAAUCAAACCAAACACAGACACUUUGUGUUUUAUCUUGACAUGAUGAAGUCUUGAUCAGGGGCGCAAAGUUCUGGGAAUAUUCAAGGUGGAAACUUUCCAUGGGAAUUAAUGAAGUGUAAAUAUUUAUAUAAUAUUUCCUCAGGCUGUUUUCACCACGUCUCAUGUAGAUAGAAACAAACCUUUGACCAUCACAAGCAGACAUGACUUUAAAACAGGAAUGAAAAAAUCAGCUUUAUAGCUUCUUUGCAGAUGACAUCACACAUUAGUGUCCAGACUGAGGCAAAGACUGAACCCUGCAUUAAUGCCUUUGGUUUUUUAUUUUAUUUUUAUUUAUUCUUUUACAGCUGUUUCAUUUUGUCAAAUUAGGGAAAAACAACCUGAUUUUUAGAUGUGAAUCAAAAACCUUCAUCUUCAGUCCAGAGGAGCAGAGUCAACUAAUGUCAAACGUCAAAUACGUCUCGCAUUGGACGCAAUCACAAUGUGCUGUGACGGCUUGUUUUUAGACACACUUUAGACUUAACAGCGUUUCACCAAACUUCUGUAAACGAUUGAUCCAGUAGGUAGAAAAUAGUAGCUAAAGUAAGCUAAUGUUGGCUAGUAACGUUAGCCUGACAGCAGUGAAUCCAUUUACAGAUUUGAAAAAAUGGUGAAGCAAAACAUAGAAGCUCACGUUGACAUAUUAAUACAGUUAUUAUUAUCAUUAGUAAAAUGUUCGAAAAAUGUUAAUGAAAUGUCCAAAAAAUAUUAUUAAAUUUUCAGAAAAAAAUGUUAUUGAAAUUUCCGAAAAAUGUUAACAAAUGAUCGAAAAAAUGUUGACAAAAUAUCGGAAAAAAUAUUUAAUAAUAUGUCUGCCAAAAUGUUGAUAAAUGUCUGAAAAGUGUGAUUAAAAUGACCGAAUGAAUUAUUAAUUUUGUUAUUUUUUUUCUGUUAAUUUAUCUUCAGUCUAACUUGUCUCAAACUGUAAGAAUCACAGGAGUUACAGUUAAAUGAUCAGACUUUAAACCAAAGUAAUCAUUCAGACCUAGUUUUGCUUUUUAUGUGUUUUUACCCCCAAAUAAAUUCACUAUUAAAAGGUCUGAUUUUUAUAUUUAAAUUGUGCAGAAUUCCCAGAGUUUAACUUCCUGUGGAAAUGUUCCAGACACGCAGCGACCCUCUGCAGCCGUAGAGUCGAUGUUUACGGGUGUGAAACGCCGUCAGCAGCCACAGCUCCUCUUCGCUUCCGUUCUGUCUCAUUUUGUGUAUUUUCUUUGUCGUCUGUCUAACUCGGUUUGUGAAGGAUUUCUCCCCGUGAACAUUUCCCUGCAGAGAUGAUUUCAUCGGCCUGCUGGUGGCGCUGUUGCAACUGUUUUCAGUUCAUCUGAGUGUGUUUUCUAAAGCCCAGUGGAUCUGUGUCAAAGUGAGGUUGAACUUGGUUUGUAUACUUGUUCUCCACAGUUCUCUCCAGACGCACACGUUUAAGUUAGUCCACCUUAAAUCUGCUCAUCAGGCCGACAGCUCUCUGAAUACCUGGUGUAAAACCUGGAGGUGUAACGCCGCCGCAGACAGCUCAUAGAAACAGCUUUAUUAUCAACACAUGAAGAAGAAGAAGAAGAAGAAGAAGAAGAAGUCAUCCUUCACGCUGCUGCGGGCUGACGCACUGACUGACUGUAGAUUUGUACAGAUAUGAAGAUGUUUGCUGGUUUCCUUCCUGUCUGAUGUCCUCGGAGCUUUAGUGUGUUUGAGCGCCCCCUGCUGUAGACCCGGAUGCUAACCUCUGUGUUAGGUUUGUUAACACUAAUUGGACGUGCAAAUAAAAAGAACAAGUUAGCCCUGAA